AUGGUUUUAGAUAAAACCAUACCCCAUAUAGGAGAAUUCACCAAGAUUCCCAUAAAUCUCCUAUUUGUAAUGGGAUUUUGUGUAAUGCGCUGGAAACCAAACGAAAAGCCAAGCUGGUUUCAAAUCCUAUUAGUAGGUGUUCUGAUGUUUCAUUUAGUAGUGGAUAUUAUGGGUAUGUUAGCCUACUUGAUCUUUGAAUCUUUGGAAACAUCAUUGGAAAAAACAGCCUAUAUUAUAUAUAGCGCAUUUGCUGGAAAUUCUCUUAUUAAAUUAGCCUGUUGUUUCUUUAAUAUAAAAAAAUUACAUCAGGGAUUUAAUAUUUUAGAAAAAUAUUAUCCCAAGACCGUGUUAGAAAGAAAAAAUUAUAAAUUGGAUGAACAUUUAAGAACAAUACGUAGAUACAAUGGCAUGUUAACGAUCUAUCAUUUGGCUGUGUCCAGUAUGUUUAAUUGGUUUACUUUGAUACAAAGUGCAAUUUUAUACAAUACAAAUAAAAAUAGUGAUUUUCUUUACGCUCUACCAUUUCCAAUGGUGUACCUCUUUAAUGUUAAUACCGCUGUAGGCUAUACAUUUGCCUAUGUCACUCAAUGUACUGGAUCGUAUAGUGCUUCUUGUAUGUUUCUUGGUUCUGAUUUGCUGUUGAUAACCUGUGUACACUUGAUAAAUAUGAAUUUCAAGUAUUUGGCUAAAAGUAUUAGAGAGUUUAAGCCUACGGGCACAUUAAGUGAUAUGAAGAAACUAAAAGAAUUCAUUAGUUAUCAUAAUGAUAUUUUAAAUGCUGUUGAACUCAUUGAUGAUACUUUUAAUAUAUCAAUAUUUUUGAAUUAUAUAGGAACUGUUACAAUUAUAUGUUUACUUGGAUUUCAAUUGGUAGCUGGUACUGAAUUUUUAGAUUUAAUAAAAUUUCUCUCAUUUCUUAUAUCGGUAUUGACUCAUGUCUAUUUCAUUUCAACAUUUGGCACAGAAAUGAUGGGAUUAAGUUCUGAUGUUAGCAAUGCCUUUAUGCAUCAUCCCUGGUAUGAUGGUCAUAUACAGUAUCAACGCGUUUUAACAAUACCCAUUGCAAGGGGACAAAGGCCGGCUCAUUUGAAUGCUUUUAAAUUUUUCAUUAUAUCUAUGGAAACUUUUAAAUCGUUGGUCAGAAUUUCUUAUCAGUUUUUCACUUUAAUCAAAACUCGUUAUGAUGAGGAAUAA